AUGGACAUGAGACCAUAUGAAUUUGCGAUCUCUGGCCUAGACAAAACAAGAAGAAGACAACAUCCAACGCCAACUCGUCGACAUGGCGAAGGUGGCAUUGUUAAUGCCACCCUCGUACCAUGGACUGGUGAUAUAGGUAUAGCAUGUGCUUUUGUGUACAUGAAGGGAGAAAAGUAUGUUGAGAUUAACUGGCGCGGGACAUGGGAUCUUGAUAUUGGCCACCAUGUCAUGGAUGCAUGGAAUGAUGUUGUAACGUUUCAUGGGGUGGAAUUGCGUACUACUACCCCUAAGCGCAUCACAGAGGUCAUCAUGUCUUAUGGGGACGCUAUCUAUCAUGAACUGCCUUGUCAGGUAAUUCAGCCUACAUCGCUUUGGCAAAUUCGGGUGGAGAAUCAGUAUACUACCCCACCAAUUCGAGCCUAG